AUGGCGCACCCUGUAUUUUGUGGUGAAGAAUCUCUAUGUUGUCUAAGUUGUGGUGCUGAAUACAGCAAUUCCCUGAUGCUGCGUUACCAUGAAUGUGUUGAAGUAAAAAUUGAAGGUGAUGAGGCCGAUGUACUUUGCAGUGCAUUUUUGCUUAGAUAUUUUGAUGCUUCUUUGUGGCUCUAUGAUUGGAACUACCAAGAAUUCAUGGACAACCAUUCUGCAUUGGGUCUUAAAUCUGAUAUCAUUUUUUCUGCCGAUGGUAGAAAUUUAUUAGAUCAGCAAGGAAUUUACCGAUGCCAUAGAUGUUCUAGGACUUAUAAAUAUCAACAAACUUUAGUCAGACAUUUGAAAUACGAAUGUGGAAAAGCUCCUCAGUUUUCGUAUUCUACCACGAAUUGGUACUCACCAUCCACUACACUUUGUACUAAAUGCAACCAAUUCUUUUUGAAUUCAUAUGAAAAGAAUCAUCAUAUUUGCAAGGUAACACAAUUAUCAGAAAAAUUGGAAGAUAUAGUUUUUUCUUGUCCAAAAUGCGGAAAAACUUACAAAUCUCGCAGUUGUGUCUAUCGUCAUAUGAAAUAUGAAUGUGGAAAAUUGCCCGCUUUCAAAUGCGACCUCGGAUUUUCUAUAGAUUAUAAUUAUGGAUUUGAUGUAACAAAUCAGCAAGAUGGUCACCCUUAUAGAUGUCACUUAUGUGGAAAAUGUUACAUGCACAAAGGAAAUAUGCGACGUCACAUGCGAUUCGAAUGUGGAAAACCGCCUCAUUUGAAAUGCGAUCACUGCAGUUAUAGGACGCACCACAAACAUCACCUGAUUAGGCACAGGAAAAACUCUUGUCCUAAAAAAUAA